UGGUCUCCAAUUAGUGCCACCACUCACUUUCGCCACCCCCAACCUCUCCUCCCCUUCUUCUUCCUUGCAGAUGCGGGCAAGCUGAAGCUUCUAGUUAGGAGGGUUUAGCUGGCCCUGCCAUUUCCUGCUUGUUUCAUGAUUCUUAGGUGAAGGGAGAGUAGAAUAUUAGAAAUAGAAGCAUGGCAAGAAAUGGUGUGAUAUGUGAUUGGUGAGUGGUUCUUGCGGUUUCUUGAUUCUUUGCUUCAGGAACAGGCAUGGAAAGAAGGAACCAGGCUCCUUUGGUUGAUACCUCGGCAUGCUUGUGCCGGGUGGACAAAUCAUCGGUCGCCGCCGCGGCGAGGCGCAUCUCGGUGUCAAAGGCGUGCGUGCAACCGAGCCUCAGGGCCUCCAUCCACCCGUUGAAGCCGAAGGCAUCGCCGCAAAAGGGCGACCGGAGCCGCGGCGGGCAAUGUCCGCUGCUCCCGGGACUUCCCGAUGAUCUCGCCAUUGCCUGCCUCAUCCGGGUGCCCAGAGCUGAUCACUGGAAGCUGAGGCUGGUGUGCCAGAGAUGGUUUCGCCUGCUCGCUGGCAAUUACUUCUACGGCCUCCGCCGGCGGCUCGGGCUCGCCGAGCAGUGGGUGUACGCCGUGAAGCGCGACGUCAGGGACGGGCACGUGUCGUGGGACGUGCUCGACCCGGCGCGCGGGGCGUGGCGCGCGCUCCCGCCCGUACCGCGCGAGUACGCGGACGCCGACGGGUUUGGCUGUGCCGUGCUCGGCGGCUGCCACCUCUACCUGCUCGGCGGCACGGACCCGCGCAGGGGCCCCCUGCGGCGGGUGGUGUUCUACAGCGCACGGAGCAACCGGUGGCACCGCGCGCCGGACAUGCUGCGCCGGCGGCACUGCUUCGGCACGUGCGUGAUGGGGAACCGCCUGUACGUUGCGGGUGGCGAGAGCGGGGGCGGCGGUGGCCUAAGGUCCGCCGAGGUGUUCGACCCCGCCAAGAACCGUUGGUCGUUCGUGUCCGACAUGGCCGUGGCGAUGGUGCCGUUCGUCAGCGCGUUGCACGGAGGGAGGUGGUACGUGAAGGGGCUCGGCGCGCAGCAGCAGGUGCUGAGCCAGGUGUACUCGCCGGAGUCCGACUCGUGGUCGGUCGUGCUCGACGGCAUGGUCACCGGCUGGAGGAGCCCCAGCGCGUGCCUCGACGGCCGGCUCUACGCUGCCGACUGCAAGGACGGCUGCCGGCUGAGGGCCUACGACGAUGCCGUGGACGCGUGGACCAUCUGCAUUGAUAGCAAGCAGCACCGGAGGAGCUCCCAGGCGGCGGAGGCGGCCGCCAUUGUCGCUCUCCACGGCAAGCUCUUCGUCGUCCGGAACGACAUGAGCGUCUCGGCCGUCGACGUCGCUGCCGGGGCGGGGAACCAGCGGUGGGAGACCCUUGCUGGCAAAGCGCAUGCCAAGAGCUUCGUCACGGGUCUCUUGUCCAACAUGGCCGGUCGCGGCGGCACCAAGAACCGCAUCCUCCAUUGCCAAGUUUUUGAGGCCUAGAUGACUUGCUGCUCAAUGUCUUCUGUUCAGACCUAUACUCUGAAAGGGUGAAAAAAAUCCAUGUUUGCUCAAGAGUUUUACUUGUGGCACAAGCACCUGAAUCAUCUGAAGGAUGUGAUCAAUGUACAGUCAUAUGAUAUGAUCAUAUUACACAGAAUUUGAUUAGAGAUAGCGGUCUGAUGCUAUUUUGCAGA